UUUUUCUUCUCCUGUCGUCAUCAGAUCUUAGGAGAUAGUGACAGUAGUGAGCGCCGAAGGUUGCCGGAAGUGAUCAUCAGAGGUUGCCGGAGGUUGUCACCGAUGGUUGAAGACAAGUUCAAUUUCCUCGAAAAUCGCAUUAGAAAGCAUGCAAUAGCACUUGUUGCUUCUGGUCUGUUUGAGGAACCAAUUGACCCUACAGUUGCUUCACAGAAAAGUGUAUUUGCAGUUGGCAUGAUCUGCUGUGAAGAAGAAGGCCAUUUGAAGGAGAAACCUGUCUUGCUGCAAAGCAGUGUUGAGCAUUCUGGAGGGCAACGGGUGCGUCUUGACUUACAAAAAUUGAGCCAAUUUUCAAUUUUUCCUGGUCAAGUUGUGGGUGUUGAAGGGCACAAUCCUAGUGGACAUUGUCUGACUGCAUUAUGUUAAAAAUUAUAACAUAAUGCCAAAUGAUUACUAUUUAAUGCCAAUAUAUCAUAACCGCACUUUAAGAGCGCUUCUUCCUUCUAUAGCUCCAGCACGAAGUCUGCAGUGCAAAUAAUAGAAUUGAAUCAGACUAAUAACCAAAAUAGUUGCACAGCUCGAAUAAUAAAAUCCAUAAUACAUGAGGCCAGUUAGAAGGAGAUCAUUAUAUCUGACAGAACCCAUAAACUAAGUCUUUCCUUUGUCCUUAUCAAGAAUAGAAGUUGAAGGAUGUACAACUUCAUCAGUCCAAAAGUGAUAGUGUAAAUGCCAACUUCUGUGGGCUCAGAAUUUAGUUUCUAUAAUCAAAUUAUAAUCACCAUGAAGUCUGGAGCAUAAAAUAGAUUUUGGGAAAGGUAGCUAUAUGUGUACUUACAGUCUGCAUCUGUAUUGAUCCAGUUUUCGCUGUUCCCAUUUGAAUUGCUUCCACUGAUUGUGAGUUGUGAUGGGUUUGAGUGUCUCUUGAAGCAUCGUAUGCUCUCUUUUGAAAGGGCUGUAUGGGG